AUGGCGACGCCGAUGGCCGGAGAGGGCCCGAUUCCGAUUGCCGCGGCGAUCCCGCGGUCCCCACCCCCGCUGUCCGAUGGCGGCGCGGGAGGGUCGGCGGCCGAGGCGCCCGUGCUCAUCUUCGUCUACUUCCACAAGGCGAUCCGCGCGGAGCUGGAGCGGAUGCACGCCGCGGCGGUGCGGUUCGCCACGGGGCGCGCGGGCGGGGACGUGGCCGUGCUCGAGGCCCGCUGCCGGUUCCUCUUCACCGUCUACAGGCACCACUGCGACGCCGAGGACGCGGUUAUUUUUCCAGCACUUGAUAUUCGGGUGAAAAAUGUCGCAGGGACAUAUUCUCUUGAACACAAAGGAGAAAAUGAUCUCUUCGCACAUCUCUUCACUCUGCUACAACUGGAUGUGCAGAAUGAUGAUGCUAUUCGGAGGGAACUUGCAUCCUGUACUGGAGCAAUUCGGACGUUUGUUACCCAACACAUGUCCAAGGAAGAAGAACAGGUCUUCCCGUUGCUCAUCAAGAAGUUUUCACAUGAAGAGCAAGCAGAUCUGGUCUGGCAGUUCUUAUGUAGUAUCCCUGUAAAUAUGAUGGCAAAAUUCCUUCCAUGGAUAUCUUCUUCUGUUUCAACUGAUGAGAAUCAAGAUAUUCUUGACUGCCUAAGUAAAAUAGUUCCUGAAGAGAUAUCUUCUUCUGUUUCAACUGAUGAGAAUCAAGAUAUUCUUGACUGCCUAAGUAAAAUAGUUCCUGAAGAAAAACUCCUCCAAGAGAUUGUUUUCACGUGGUUUGGAGGGAAAUCAUUCAGAACAAUAGCACAAGGUAUCAGUGAUCCUUAUUCAGAAAGUAGUUCUACAUGUGAGUCUAGCUCUGGUCGAAUAGAUAAACAUGUAUGUUCACUUGAACACUCCAAAAUUGGAAAGAGGGAGUCCACAGAAUCUAGUCAGCUUGUCACACAUCCAAUUGAUGAAAUUCUGUAUUGGCACAAUGCUAUUCGGAGAGAACUGAGGGAUAUAGCAGAAGAGACAAAAAGGAUACAGCAAUCUGGAGAUUUUUCUGACAUAGCAGGCUUUAAUAUGAGGCUGCAAUUUAUUGCAGAUGUGUGCAUUUUCCACAGUAUUGCCGAGGAUCAAGUUAUAUUCCCUGCAGUGGAUGGUGAAUUAUCUUUUGUACAGGAGCAUGCUGAAGAAGAACAGUGGUUAAAUGAAUUUAGGAGUUUAAUUGAACAGAUUCAAAUAACAGGAGCCAAGUCAACUGUAGUUGAUUUUCAUUCUGAGUUAUGUUCACAAGCUGACGAAAUAAUGCAGAAAAUUGAGAGUCACUUCAAUGAUGAGGAAAUAAAGGUACUUCCUAAAGCUAGGAUAAAGUUCUCACCAGAGAAACAGAGGGAACUUUUAUAUCAGAGUCUAUGUGUCAUGCCACUAAAGCUGUUGGAACAUGUUCUACCAUGGUUUGUAGUGAAGCUGAAUGAUGCAGAGGCAGUGUCUUUUCUUCAGAAUAUGCGAUUGGCAGCACCUUCGUCUGAAACUGCAUUGGUUACCCUUCUCUCUGGCUGGGCAUGCAAAGGUCGUCUGGAGGACACAUCCAACCCUGGAAAGUUCAUAUGCACAUCAGGAGCGGUGGGCUGUGCAUCAGAUGGAAAUGGUUCCAAAACAUGCCAGUCAUUCUGUCCAUGUUAUGGAAGUAGCAAUGGAGCUUUUUCGAAACCAGUUAAGCGAGCAAGUCAUGGAGAAUCUAGCACUAACAUUAACAGAAGUCACUGCUCACAAAAUGCUGAUACGGAAGCCUUGCCAUGUAACAACAGACCCUGUUACAUUCCCAGGUUAAGAGUAGAAAGUAGCUACCUUGGUGUUAAUUCAUCUACCCCUGCAAAAUCCUUUCGCUCUCUGCCUUACAAUAAUUCUGCACUUUCAUUAUAUUCAAGCCUUUUUUCAUGGGUGACAGAUGCACUAUCAUCUGGCCCAGAUAACAUUUCUAAGCCAAUUGAUACCAUAUUCAAAUUCCACAAGGCAAUUCGUAAGGAUUUAGAGUUUUUGGACGUGGAAUCUGGAAAGCUUAUUGACGGGAAUGAAUCUUGCCUUCGCCAAUUUAUCGGAAGGUUUCGUUUACUGUGGGGUCUAUAUAGAGCACACAGCAAUGCUGAAGAUGAGAUUGUAUUUCCUGCUCUUGAAUCGAAGGAGACAUUGCACAAUGUUAGCCAUUCAUACACUCUUGAUCACAAGCAGGAAGAAGAAUUGUUCCAAGAUAUAUCCAUUGUCCUAUCUGAACUUUCUCAACUACAUGAUGGUUUGAGCCAUCCUCUUUAUGUUGAAGCUGGGACAAAUGAUAUUUCAAAUAAUGAGAUUGAUUGGGCUAAAAAACGUAAUGAACUUUUGACAAAGCUUCAAGGAUUAUGCAAGUCUAUCCAUGUCACAUUGUCAAAUCACGUUCACAGAGAAGAACUUGAAUUGUGGCCACAGGUGAGCGCUAUCCCCAUCCGGCCUUCACCAAAUGUCCAGUAUUGGCAAGUGACAAAUGACAAGAGCCUACCGAAUGGUGGAUGGGAUUUCUAUGUCACUGAGAUAUUUUACUUUGGCCUUGUAGAAAAUCAUUUUCAGGAGAAUUUUGAACAAAAUGAUCAGAUGUUUAGGCCUGGUUGGAAGGACGUCUUCCGAAUGAACCAGAGUGAGCUCGAGGCUGAGAUUCGAAAGGUCUCUCGAGAUUCUACUCUUGAUCCAAGGAGGAAGGCCUAUCUGAUACAAAAUCUCAUGACCAGCCGUUGGAUAGCUGCUCAGCAGAAAUCACCACAACCAAGCGUCGAAGGACAUAAUGGAUGUACACGACGACCUGGAUGUGUUCGUUCGUACCGAGACCCAGAGAAACAAAUAUUUGGCUGUGAGCAUUACAAACGAAACUGCAAGCUUGUUGCUGCAUGCUGCAAUAAGCUAUUCACAUGCAGAUUCUGUCAUGAUAAAGUUAGUGACCAUACAAUGGACAGGUAUGACAAUCUAGUAGCAUUCUCAUUUGUUAUUAUGGAUGGGGCAUAUACUUGUACCCACUACACUAGUCCAAUCUGCUGCAAAUCCUUGGGAGAUAUGACAGUGUAUUUUGGCAUGCUUGAUGGUUUGCUGACUGCAGAACAGCUUCCUGAGGAAUACAGGGACCGGUGCCAGGAUAUACUUUGUAACGACUGUGAGAGAAAAGGUAGGUCACGAUUCCAUUGGCUCUACCACAAAUGUGGCUUCUGUGGUUCUUACAACACCAGAGUCAUCAAGACUGAUACGGCAGAGUGUUCUACAUCAAACUAA